GGACACACACACACACACAGGGUGGAGUGGGGUGUGCGAUGGAUGCGAGCGUCUGUGUGCUUGUUGCCAGCCGGCUUACCGAAGGCCGCCCUCUCUCGCCCGGCCCUCCAUCGGCUGGCGCGACAGCAUCACCUGCAAGUGUGUGUAGUGAGUGGAUCACAGACCUGUUUGUCUGGAUGUCCGUAUGUGUGUGUGUGUGUGUGUGUGUGUGUGCGUACCACCGGCCCCCUAACUCGCGAGUGGAUCUUGUCGUCGACCAUAUGCUUGAGCCGCUGGUAGUAGGUGGGCACGAUGAAGACGCGCGCAUUCAGCCGACGGCCCGUGUAGCCAUUGAACAAGACCUGAAGGCACACACACGGAGGGAGACGCACGUAGAGUAGAUGGAUGUCUGUCUGUCUGUCUCUGUGUGUGCGUGCGAUUGGGUGUGACUGACCUCCAUCCCAUGCUUCUGGUAGCCAAGUGCGUAGUAGGUGGGCCUCCUGAAUCCUGCACCCACACACACACCACACACCACACCACACCACUCACAGAUAACUGCGAAGCGCUCUCUCUGUCUGUGUGUGUGUUUUUGUGUGUGUGUGUGUGGUGGGUGGGUGGGUGUGUGUGGUGUGUGUGUGUGUGUGUGGUGUGUGUGUGUGUUGCGGUGUGUGUGUGUGUGUGGUGGGUGUGGGUGUGUGUGGUGUGUGUGUGGUGUGUGUGUGGUGUGUGUGUGUGUGUGUGUGUUGUGGUGUGUGUGUGUGUGGUGGGUGUGUGUGUGGUGGGUGUGUGUGUGUGUGGUGUGUGUGUGUGGUGGGUGGGUGGGUGUGUGUGUGUGGGUGUGUGUGGGUGUGGUGUGUGUGUGUGUUGUGGUGUGUGUGUGUGUUGUGGUGUGUGUGUGUGUGUGUGUGUGUGUGCCUACCGUACGAGUCGCCCCAGGAGCAUCCUGUGGACCAUGUAGCCGAUGUAGUAGGCCGUCCGGGCCAGCGAGUUGGCGUCAAUGCCGAGGUGCGGCAGAAGCUCCUUGCACAGCAGCUCUCCUCCUUCGUCACCGUCGUGGCUGGGCCUACACACACCAGCCCAGGGACAGACACGGGCGCAUCGCAUCGAUAAGGGUGUGGUGUAGAUGUGUGUGUGGGGGGGGGAUGGAGGGCGACGCUACGCCAUUCACCAAAGUGAGCAAACAGAUGCCUGCCGUCACAACACAAGGAUGCACAUUCAAUUGGCGAAAUUGUGCGUGUACUGUAUCUCCUCACCGGGUCUGUCAAUGAAUGAAGUGCUCUUCAGGGACACGCCACACGUGAUUUCAAACAAUAGAAAGCGAAGAUCCAAGGGUGUACUGUACCUCCUCAAACAUCACAGGCUCACAUCUUUCCUG